AAUCACUCCGCUUCCUGUUUCACGCCGCCGUUUGUUAUUAAAACGUAACCUCCUUUAAAUGUGACGGGAAAUGUUGACGCUCGGAGAGUUGAUGAAGUUGGGAAAUGGAGGCUUUAAUUCAUCCGUGAACGAGUUACAUAUAUAUUGAAAGAUACGCGCAAGAUGUCAGGGGCCCAUGAGUCAAGCAGGAAGCGCCGCCCCCUCAAAAUGUUCUUGAUCUCGACCGACCUGAAGGUCCAGGACCAGCUGGACGGUACCAUUCGGCUGCAGCGGGGGUUCAUCUGUCAGGAGCAAGAAAAGAGCCGAAGCGACUUCCUUUGGGUCAAGGUGCUGGACAAUGGCAUUGUGUUAAAACUAGAGAGGAAGUUCCUGCAUGAAGUCCCAGCUGAAUUCAGCGGCCUGUUGGAGCCCGUAUUGGAUCCGGAGGCCCGCCUAAAACUUCUAGGCAAUCCCGGGAAGCUGCAGCAGUUGGCUACUUUGCCCAUCGAUGCCCCGCUGUGGGUCCAAAUAGGCCAACAGGACGAGCUGGCAGAAGCAGACCUUAAAUACAUCGGUCCACUGACCAGAGGGAGCAGCGCUGUGCUUUUUGGGGUACAGCUCAAGGGUUCAGCUGCAGGUAAAGGAAUCAGCAACGGUUCCUAUAAGAGUCACCGGCUCUUCAGCUGCCCCGAAUCCUGCGCCCUCUUCCUCCCAGUCAGUCACAUCAGGCCCCGCCACUGGUCUGCCAACAACGGCUCAGACGCACACGAGCGAGCCCGCGAGCGACACCACCAGCGCAGCAGCGGUAAUCACCCCAGCAACGGGUACCAUAGCAACAACGAUCGCCCAAAUCAUCAUCAUCAUCAGCAGCAGCAGCAGCAGCAGCAGCAGCAGCAGCAGCAGCCGCCGCCCGGUCGUCACAUUGGUUUCCACCAGCAUAGUCCCAGCGGCCCUCCUCAGCCGCACGCUUUUGGCAUCCUCCCUCGAACAGCGGAGUCGGUUCCCCUCGCAGCUCAUAACCAGGUCCGAGGCCCCGUGUCGCCUCCGCCGCUCCAUGUUGGCCAGCGGGUGUGUUUCCCCCUGGAGGACAAUGUCUACAGUGGGGAGGUGCGAUUCUGUGGUCUCCUGCCGGGCCGGUCCUCCUCAGGGAUGUACGUCGGAGUCCUGCUGGACACUCCUGUGGGUAACUGGGACGGGUUUUAUAAGGGAGAGAAGCUCUGCAACAUUCCUUCUCUGGUCUACGGACAACUUCUGCCAAUUGCCAAAGUCUCCUCAGAGCCUAAAUCCCACCGCCACAACCCUCUUCAACAAAUUCCCAAAUCCAUCCUAAAGCCCGCGCUUCCCCCGGUCAUUAAACCCGCCUCUGCUCCCAAGGUCGCCCUGAUGCCCCCGAACAAACAGGCAGUUAGACCUCCUCCGUUGCCGCCACCGAAACCCAAUCACAAAGCCCUGCCUCCUCCUCCUCCUCUGCCACCCCCCAAACCCCUCAGCCCGACGUCACCGACCACCGCGGACCGGCUGCAGCACACCAACGGCGCGCACGGCCCGCCGUCGCCGCUGAGGUCUCCAGACUUCGGCGAAGCUGCAGGGGAGAACGGAGAGGCAGGACCGGAGGACAAGCUGGAGGUGGGGUCGAUGGUCGAAGUGAACGACCCUCCGCUUUACGGGGUUAUUCGCUGGAUUGGACGGAUCAGUCAGGUUUCAGAGACAGUGGCUGGAAUCGAGCUGGACCAGGAGUUGUCUGCAGGAACAGACGGCAGUUACCUCGGUGAACGUCACUUCCGUUGCCCGGCCAACAAGGGGCUGUUCGUCAAGCUACGUAACUGUAGACGGGACUCCAGGUUUCCCGCCCCUGAGACACCCGUCAAUCAAGUAGAGCGAUGCAACUCUAUAGCCUUUGCAGAGUGGGGCAGCGAGCGGGUGGAGGACCACACUCCUCCUGUGGACGGGGACGAGGCCAGUGAGCUCUACCAGGGCUGGAAGAGAGGCAUCCAGGGUCACCUCAACUCAUGCUACCUGGACGCUACGCUGUUCAGCCUGUUCUCCUGCUGCAGUUCAGCAGACUGGGUGUUGUUUUGGCCCUCUGACCCUGGAACGCACCGAAACUCCAGUCAGGCUCAAGACCUGCUGCGCUGUGAAAUAGUCAACCCCCUGCGAAGGUACGGCUACGUGUGCGCCAGCAAGACCAUGGCCUUGAGACGCCUGCUGGAGGCGGCGAACAGCGACACGGGCUUCACCAACCAGGAGAAAGAUCCUGAAGAGUUCCUCAACAAGCUUUUCCAGCUCCUCCGAGUCGAGCCGCUCCUCAAAAUCAGGUCAAUGACUCAGAAGCCUCAGGAGUGUCACCUCUACCAGCUCUUCCCGCCUACGCUCCCCCCCUCGCCCUCCUCACCCUUACCCCUCUCCCCAGUUGACUCCCCCAUCCCUCUCUCCUCGCCAUCGGCCAGCCGGAUGAGGGUCGCCAGCGUCCAGGCGCUGCUGGAGUCCUCCUUCCUCCACUCCGGCCUCAAGUUUGUCGAGGCUCCCUCCUGCCUCUUGCUGCUCAUGCCUCGGUUUGGAAAGGACUUCAAAAUGUUUGACGCCAUCUUGCCCACCCUCAGCCUGGACAUCACAGACCUGCUGGACGACACUCUGAGACAGUGCAGCAUCUGUCAGGCUGUAGCUGAGUGGGAGUGUCUCCAGUGUUAUGAAGAUCCAGACAUCACUCCCGGGCGUCUCAAACAGUACUGCCAGACCUGCAACACGCAGGUCCACAGUCACAGGAAGCGGGAAUCCCACAGCCCGGUGAAGGUCGCCGUCCCCGGGGGACCGUGGACCGGCCCUCUGCACUGCACGCGCCAGCAAAUGUCUCUCUUCGCCGUGACGUGCAUCGAGACCAGCCAUUACGUGAGCUUCGUCAAGCACGGGCCCCUCCCCACCGACUGGCUGUUUUUUGACAGCAUGGCAGACCGGGAAGGCGGCGAGAACGGCUUCAACAUCCCCCAGGUGAAGGCGUGUCCAGAGGUGGGCCGCUACCUCAGCCUAUCAGAGGAGGACCUGAGCAGAGUUGACCCCACGUCCUUACGGGAGCACGCUCGCCGCCUGCUCUGUGACUCCUACAUGUGUCUGUACCACAGCCCUGAGCUCAGCCUGUAUAAGUGACAGGGACACACACACACACACACACACACACACACACACACACACACACACACACACACACACACACAGAUAUGAGUGUGGAAUAAGAUACCGUACAACAAACAUAUUGUCCUCAGGUUCUCAGUCUUAUCUGAAUGUUAGAUAAGACACGUCCAGCAUAAUAAUGCCAGUAGAAUAUGAAAUGGUCAUAAAAGCCUGCUCACACUUUGCAGUAAAAUGCAUCUUGGGUGAUCCAAGGAAGGACUGAGCAGGGCCUUAGAGAUACAUGUUAUCUAAAAUGUGACAAUCAGCUAACUCGCCUUAUGAACAAACAGCCUGUAGUUUACCGGAUUAUGAUCUCUGUACACUUGUGUGAACUGUACUGUUUGUUAUACCCGAGUUUAUCUGUGCUAAUGAUAGUGCUCACACACUGGACAGAACCCCUGUGCCUGUAAAGUAUAUAUCAUGUACACUUUACAAUUCAAUUUGCACUGCUUCAUUUACACGGUCACACGUCAGUAUGUGUACAUAUUGUGUAUAUCAGUGCCUUAAACUGACUGUAAAGACCGCACACAGAUGUUUAAGCUGUUGAAUAUAAUACAGCUGCACACAGUGGGGACUAUGUCCUCCCUAGCUAAUAAAUGCUUUGAUACUCUUCUAA